UGUACGCAGAGUUCCGGACCAGUACGUCAUGCUACUCACCAACAUUUCCGGACGGGUUAUCAACUGAGAGAUCCAUCACUGUCCCUAAGGUAGAGCUGGGCCCUGUUUCUGGACAGGUGUUUGUGGAAGUAAAGAUGGAGGCCGGAGGGAAGUGCUUUCCUAAACAAAGGCAAGUCCUGAUUCUCUUUCUCGUGUUGGGAGUAGCUUUGGCAGGCUGGGAAUCUCGUCGCUAUUCCGUGAUGGAGGAAACCGAGAGUGGCUCCUUUGUGGCCAAUCUGGCCAAAGACUUGGGGCUGGGAGUGGGGGAGCUAGCAGCGCGGGGAGCCCGGGUAGUCUCCGAGGAUAACAAACCCCGCUUGCAGCUUGAUCAGCAGACCGGGGAGUUGAUACUAAACGAGAAACUGGAUCGGGAGGAGAUGUGUGGCCCCGCAGAUCCUUGUGUAAUGCAUUUCGAAGUGUUGCUGAAAAAACCACUGGGAGUAUUUCGAGCUGAGCUACUGGUGAGAGACAUAAAUGAUCAUUCUCCAGAGUUUCCUGAAAGAGAAAUGACUCUGAAAAUCCUGGAGACUAGCCCUCUGGGGACCAUGUUUCCUCUGAAAAAAGCCCAGGACUUGGACGUGGGCAACAACAACAUCCAAAGUUAUAGUAUCAGUCCGAACUCUCAUUUCCAUGUUUCUACCCGCACCCGGGGGGAUGGUAGGAAAUACCCAGAACUGGUACUAGACAAAGAGCUGGAUCGUGAGGAGCAGGCUGAGCUCCGAUUAACCCUCACAGCACUGGAUGGGGGCUCACCACCCCGGUCUGGCACUGCUCAGGUUCGCAUCUUGGUACUGGAUGUCAAUGACAAUGCCCCUGAGUUUGCAAAGAUACUCUACCAGGUGCAGAUUCCAGAGAACAGCCCUGUAGGCAUGCUAGUUGUCAAGGUCUCUGCUAGAGAUUUAGACACUGGAACAAAUGGGGAAAUAUCAUACUCCUAUUUUUAUAGUUCCCAAGAGAUAAGCACAACUUUUGAGCUAAACAGCCUUUCAGGAGAGGUUCGACUAAUUAAAAAAUUGGAUUUUGAGAUAAUAUCUUCAUAUGAGCUGGAAAUAGAGGCGUCUGAUGGGGGGGGGCUUUCGGGAAGGUGCUCUGUCUCCAUUGAGGUGGUGGAUGUUAACGAUAACCUCCCAGAAAUAACUAUUUCAUCACUCACCAGCCCCAUUCCUGAAAAUUCUCCUGAGACAGAGGUGGCCCUGUUUAGAAUUCGAGACCGAGACACAGGGGACAAUGGAAGGAUGACUUGCUCUAUCCAGGAUGACCUCCCCUUCGUCCUGAAACCAUCUGAAGAGAAUUUCUAUACCCUGGUAACAAAUGGGGCCCUAGACAGGGAGAGCCAGGCCGAGUACAACAUCACCAUCACCGUCACCGAC